AUGGCAACAGAAUUGCAGAAGCGUGUAGGUGUUUUCGCUGGGCUCAUCACAGGGCUGCUGAUUCCAAUGUGGAUGUCGGAGUCAUACUGCUACGUGGUUCUGUGCUGCUUCGUUGCUGGAGGCACACUGGAAUAUUGGGCAGCUGUUUGUGGCACCACUCCUCCUUGGAAGGAGUUGGCCAUGUAUGUCGUCUCAUUUGCUGUCUGGGUGCUGCCUACGACAGCAGCAAUUCAAACCUACAGCCAAGCCAUCGGGCACGCUCGUUUGGUGGAAUGCCUGAUUAUUCAGUUGGUUGUGGGAGAUUCCGCGCAACUUAUAGUUGGCCGGAGCUUUGGCCGACACCACGUGUGUGCCAAGCUGUCCCCCAAGAAGACGCUCGAAGGUUAUGUUGGAGGAUUUGUGCUCACGCUCCUGUACGGGAAACUGAUGCACAGAUGGUCCGCUGCGAACAUCUGCGUCGUGUACAUAUUUGGCUGCCUUGGGGACUUGUAUUUCUCGGCCAUCAAGCGUCGCCUGUGCAUAAAGGUUGAGGCUGAGCUGAAGGCCAAGGAGGACAUCAUGGACAUCAAGGGCGGUGUCAUCACGUACUCCCGCAGCUCCACUCCAGCCACCAUGGCGGCGUCACGGCCCGAGAGAGACUUCGUGCGGAAGCAGCCUUCCACUCACCACCACGUGCGUCAAGAGCACCUCCGGGGUGUGACGCAACUCAUGGAUGUAGUAGACACCCAUGUGCGCGUGGCCUGGGAGCUAAAACAGCAGCCCUACAAGACCGACCUUAGAGCGCGGCACACGACGCUUCGUGUGGCUGCAGGCAUAGAACCAGCGCAUAUGCGCUUCGCGCUGCAGCGUGCCAAUGAGACCGGAGCGAAGUGGAAGCAAAUGUUUCGCCCUGGCUUUAACGAUGUAGUAAACGAAGCCUUCCGUGUGGGCUGCAACUCGUGCAUCCUCAGCCAGCUCUACCUCCGAGACAAGGAAGCCAAAGAGCAGCUUCAGAAGCUUCACGUCAAGGAUGUGAACGGCGUGGUAUGGUUUGAAUUGCAGCGCAAGAAGGCUCACCUGUUCUACAUGCGCAUGGACUUCACGGAUGUGAUGAUGGCCCACCCAGACGCCUGGGGCUUCCCUGACAUUAGCAGGGUGGUAGCUGCAAACCCUGGGGAGCCUGUGAAUCCCUUCCACGGCUGGUAUGCACAGCAUUCUAUCAACCCGGAGGCGGAGCUGGAGGACGUGGAGUUCCGAUACACGCUGCGCUUGCGGAGCUUCCCGGAAACGACCUUCCAGGCGCUGGCAUUGGGGAAGAUCCCGGAGUGGAUCAAGCCCUACCUUGCGCUGCAUGCGGAGGCAGAAGCUCCAGAUGAUCUGGCCAUUUCAGAGGACGAGGAGGCUGGUCCAACCGAUGCUGGAAAGGCCAUCGAGCUGGAAAACAACCUUAUGAUGGAGGCGGGCUUAGAGGAUGGUGACAACCUCUACGUGAAGCUAGACGAGCUGAAACUGGCUCGCGAGCGGACAACGGGGCCCGACGUCCUCGAUGCGGAUCUCCGCGCAUACCGCCUGAAAGGCCUCAGUGCUAUGCGCAUUUUCCUCCGGAGCCGUGGGAACCCGGACAGCCGGAAGGAGGUCAUCAUCAGUCCAAAGAUGGUCAAAGACAUGGCGGCACAGCUUGGAAUUCAGAAAAGCCCAGGACACUACUGGUACUGCAUGUUUGCCUUGCGGUAUCCACUUGCCCCAGAGUGGGAAGCCGUAGUUCGAGAAGAUACCCGCUGGUACCUCAAUCUGCAGCACGAUACAGCUCAGCCGAUUCACCCUAUGAUCAAGAAGUUCAGGGAGCAUCUCGGCGAUGUUAUCGCCAACGAGUUCCUGUGGGACUUCCGUGGCUUCGUGAAGAUGAAGUGCAGUGAGUGCGGACUUCCGGACUCAGUGGUUUGGUGCCAGCAGU